AUAAUUUGAAUAGCUGUAGUGAGUACAGUGUUUGUAGAACCCCUGUGAACACACACACACACACACUAUUUCUCUGUAGAUACAAGCAGUUCCUUGUGCGAGACGGUGUAAUGGAAUAACGGAAACGUUGUGACGUUUUUUCGCAACGCUUCCUAAAAGCCCACUGAGCAUAUUCACUGGAAAAUGUGGUGCGGCACUGAAGGCACACGUUUACAUCAUUUUUAGAAGGGAACGCUUUCAUUUCACAAUAGUGUCAUUUCAGUAAAUGCUGUAAUUUUCUUUUGGUCACACGGUCAUAUUUAACUCUGUCCCCACAUGGAGCUGAGAUGAAAUUUCCUCGAAACAAAGCAGCAGUUUUAACUAGGCGUACACCUCUUGCUGUUUUAAUAUUUAAAGGGUUAAUGAGCAGUUAAUCAUUAUGAAAGGUUUAUUUAUUUGGACUAAUCAAGUAUCAUUACCCACUGCUAGUAAAUUGUUCUUGUCAGUGCUGGUGUUUGUGUUUGACAUGAUUCACCGAAAUAUCGAGAGAAAAUAGUUUUGAAUGUCUGCUAAAUAUUUCAGCCAUUGAUAUGUGAUCAUAUUCAGGUGAACAUAUUUAUGUUUCAUGUUACGUUUAUUAAACCUGUUAAGUAAAAACCUGAAGGGCAAAAAAAAAAUCGCAGCAGAAAACAACACUGCAGACGCUUUUCACAGUGACUUUAUUCGGACGUAUGGCAUAAUAAACUGCCGAAUAGAUUUUAAUAUUUAUUUAAGUUCCAGUGCAUUAAAUGGGUAAUAGGUAUUUGAGUACCUGUGCGCAUUCCUAACAGGAAGUGAUAAAUAGGUCAGAGGCUGGUUUAUUUGAUCAAAAUGCUAUUUGCUGCACAGCCAGCAGAUGGCACUGGAAUUUCCAAAUACUCCUUUAAACCCGAUAACUAGACACGUGUCUGUGUUCGACUUGUGUUUAUUCACUGGAACGUGUAUUGUUUAUUCUGCAGGCAUUAUUUGUACCUAAUGGCAUGUGUCGUUUUCUGUCUGAUCAGUCGGUACACCUUCACUUAGCCUUAACCUAAUCUUUUCUAAUAUUAUGUCACUGUAGAUGCCUCAAUACAAACCUCAGACAGACUUUAUUCAGUGUUACUCCUGUCAGUAAAUAUGCUCAGUAUUAAACAUUUUUUUGGGUUUCAAAGCGUUAUACUUUCCCCACCGACCUCAUGUGAUAAGAGCACACAUCGGUUUGCAUCUGAUGUGCAACCCACGUUCGUUCUAUCAUAUUUACCUAUAAAUUGACCGACUGGUCUGAAGGCAGUGAAUGCAUAUAUGUGCAUCACUUUUCCGUUUUGGAGUAGCGCCAUCAUCUUGAAUAAGAGGGCCUUUGCCGUUGAUUUGUGGUUUUUGUAGGGCCAGGCACCUUUUGCUCUGCCAGAAUGGCCUUACGAUGACUUACUGGUCUGAGCGUUUUAUUUUCUUUCCCUUCCUCUGCCCUGAGUGUCAUUGCGGCAGCAGCAGCAGGCCCCAGCAAGCCGCGCUGCAGAUGCUGCCUGCUCCUCCCCUUCCCGUGCAGCACAGCGCAACCACGGCCUAAGGUCCGUGUCCUCCUCCCCCGGCUGGAGGCGCUCCUCGGUCACCCCCCGCGUCACCAGCUUCCCAUGCCCAGGUUGCCAGCGCGACAUAGAGCUGGGUGAGCGGGGCAUCAGCAUGCUUUUCCGCAACUUCACGUUGGAGAGUAUCGUGGAGCGUUACAGGCAGGCGGCCCGCGCCGCUGUCGCCAUCAUGUGCAACGCGUGCAAGCCACCUACUGUACAGGAGGCCACCAAGAGCUGCAUGGACUGCAAGGCCAGCUACUGCAACGAGUGCUUCAAGCUGAAUCACCCAUGGGGGACGCCCAAGGCCCAGCAUGAGUACGUCGGACCUACUACUAACUUCAGACCAAAGGUGUUGAUGUGUCCUGAGCAUGAGAUGGAGAAAGUUAACAUGUACUGUGAGGUGUGUCGCCGGCCAGUGUGUCACCUCUGCAAACUUGGAGGUUCCCAUGCUAACCAUAAAGUGACGUCAAUGAGCAGUGCCUACAAGGUCCUUAAGGAUAAGCUAUCAAAAAGUAUCCAUUACUUGAUUAGCAAAGAGGAACAAGUGAGGACUCAGAUUUCCGAUCUCGAGGUCUUGAUUCGGCAGACUGAGGAAAAUGGGCAGCUGGCAGAGAGACAGGCGCACGAGCACUUUGAGCGUCUGUUUGAGACUCUACAGGAAAGGAAAAGUGAAUUGUUGCGGUCCAUUGAGCUGUCCAGGAACAGGCGUCUGGACAAGCUUAGGGGCCAGGUGGAAGAGUACCAGGGCAUGCUGGAGAACAGCGGUUUGGUGGGAUAUGCCCAGGAAGUCCUCAAAGAAAGCGACCAGUCCUGCUUCGUCCAGACGGCUAAGCAGCUCCACAUCAGGGUUCAGAAAGCCACAGAGUCACUGAAGACCUUUCAGGCUGCCGCUAACCCCUCAUUUGAUGAGUUUGUCCUGGACACCUCGAAAGAAGAGUCCUUGCUGAAAGACCUUUCAUUUGGUGGAGUUCCAGAUCCUCCCAUGAUCGACCUGUCACAGAGUCGGGUGUAUAAUGAAGGCCUGAUUCACUGGAGGCUGCCCGAGGACUCUCUGCCCACUGACCACCAUGUCCUCGAGUAUAGAAAAGUGCCUGCCAACAACGAGGAGGAGAAUCCCUGGCACCUGACUGAGCGUGUGCACAACGCCAGCACAGUGGUGUGCGAUUUGGAUAGCGAUUGCAGCUACGCAUUCAGGGUGCGGAGCUUCCGCAAUAGCAUUCCCAGCCCCUACAGCCCUGAGGUGUCCUUUCACACUCCUCCUGCACCAGUGUUCGGCUUCCUGUUUAAUGAGAAAUGCGGCUACAGUGAAGAGCGUCUGCAGCUGAGCAAGAGAAAGGACACUGUGGAGAGCAUGGCUGGCAUGGCCUACCUGUUGGCUGCUGAGCGGGUACAGACUGGAAGUUACAUAUGCCUUGACUACAUCAUCGGUGACACGGGCAUUUCACAUGGCCGCCACUACUGGGCUUUCCGUGUAGAGCCAAGCUCUUACAUGGUGAAAGUGGGAGUGGUGUCAGAUUCCAAAAUGAGUGAGUGGUUCCACAACCCUCGUGACACCAGCAGCCCAAGGUAUGAUCAUGACAGCGGGCAUGACAGUGGCAGUGAGGACACGUGCUAUGAGCUCUCGCAGCCCUUUCUUCUGCUCACAGCAGGCAUGGGCAAGCUCUUCAUUCCCAAAGCGUCCCACAACGCAGCCUCGGGAGACCAUGCCAGCCGCGUUCUCCCUCUGCCUCAACGAAUAGGCAUCCUCCUCGACUAUGACGCCGGCCGCGUCUUCUUCUACGACGCUGACUCGAUGCGCUGCCUUUACGAGCGACAGGUGGAGUGUUCUGGAACCAUGUACCCUGCGUUCGGUCUCAUGGGAGGUGGAGGCAUCCACCUGGAGGAGUUCAUCACAGCCAAGCGCCUCUCUUACAUGUGAAAGUGUCCGAGUUGAUCUGCUGAACACUAACUACCUGAUCCCAUUGGCUUAUUUUUUUUUUGUCCUGGAUUCUCACAAGUCACGACAUGUAGCUGUAUCUUCGAAAAACACUAUUUCGGUGCACUAUUUUAGUUUGCGAGCCACAAGUAACCUGAAUAACCCUUGGUUCAGUGCCUUUCAGGAGAUCGACUAGGCAGGCGAUUAUAACGUCAACACUUACACACUUCAGGGUUUAACAAGUCACAAUAAUGCAAAAGAACACACUCGCACUAUACCUUAAAACACAAUGCAACGUUUUACCGAUGUCACCUGUUUGGCGUUCUUGUGAGCAACGUAAAGAUCGCCUGUCUGAUGUUGCAGAAGAGUACGUUAAUCGACACUAAUACCUGUGCACUAAUAAAUACCGGCUUUGUAAACCAUUCCUGGUUGUAGAAAUGGCGUAUGGGCAAGCAUUUCUUUUUUUUUAAUUUCUAUUAAGGAAAAAAGGAGUUGUUCGACCGAUCAAGUGCGAUCAUUAAUAAAUAAUGCGAAACUAAUUUGCAGUGAAAUUGCAUCUAUUCUAAACAGUCUGCGUAUAAAAACCGCUCGCUCGCAGUGGAUUGUAACCUACACGUAAGGAAACCUCGUAGCGACCGGUGUGUAUCUGAAUGCUGAAUUGAAUAGCUUUGGAUUUUGAAUGUAUCUUUAUUUAAUGCAAAGUAGCAUCUGAAUCACAGCUGUGCUGCUCGGUUGUAACCAGGGUAUGAGUAUCUACGCUGAUACAGAAGGCGAUUGGGUUAAUAUGCACCAGUACAAAAAAAACGAGAGGGGGGGAAAAAACUGACUGCUUUAGUGAAUAAGCAUAAUGUUUUUUCUGCAACAGGAUUACUGGCUAUAAAGGGACUUACCUGGAGUAGCAGUGGAUGGAGUGGGAUUGCUAUGUGAUUCCUCAGGUACUCACCCUAUGGGCUUUCUGAUACCUACCUCUUCAUCCUGAAAUGAGAAUCGGCACUGGUUUUACGCUUGGAUGAUUUCGAGGCGGUGGUAUAAACACGUGCCUAUUCACUAAACCUCAAAGGGUUUGUUCGCCUCUAAGGCUGGGACCCGAUGAGUUACCAAAUCGAAGCAUUUUAUUCCUACAUUUUUAGUCUUUUUAAAGUUUUAAAGAAUUUCUUUCAUUUCAUUGCAAUUUUUUUAAAUUAUAAAGAUGCUUUUUUUUCAAAUUGCAAUGUUUUUCAAUUCUUUCCUACUUGCUGGUUUACACUUCUGUUGUUUCUUUUGUAGCAUAAAACCUUUAUGAAAAGAACUUUUUGUUUUUAAAGAAAGCAUCUCAUAUUAUGGCCACAAUUCUUUCUCUCUCUCUCUCUUUUUAUUUUAAAUUUUUUUUAAAUAUAUAUUGUUUUACUGAUACUAAUAAUAUAUUUUACGUGUUUUGUCCUGAGAAUUUGUGAGUAGAAACCAGUUUGUGAUCAUUUAAUAAUCAUGUGGAUGAUGGUAGUGUCACAUCAGGAAGUAGUGAAAUCAUGGUUUUGAUCUUCCAGUAGUUUCUUGUUUGUUUGUUUGUUUUUCUAGACACUAAUCACUGUUUGUCACAUUUCUUUCCACGGCGGAUUCAAUGGAGAAUCUAUGCACACUAGUUUACAGUUUCGCAGAGUGUAAUAGUAACCAAGUAACUUUUUUCUUUUCUUUUCUCCUUGUGCACGUUAAGAUGUUCGGUAUUAAGCUGCGGUGGGGGAACAGGGGACAGUUCUGUUUUCACUAAUCACUUUUGACGUAGAUUUUAGCGUAAGUGUAUCGAGAUUUACGUGAGCUGUACUUGCAUAUUAAACAGGACACGAUGUAUUUUAGUGGUCAUUUCAACUCAUCUUAAAGCUAGCACUUUAUAGCAUGUUCUAGCAAAUCUCCUGGCUUGGUGCAGGUGUGUGUGAAGUAGUGUGCAAUAUUAAACCCCACCCCCCACAGGACGUACUGUACAGUUAAAAUGAGCUGGCGGGUUGUGACGUUUGCUUUUUGUGCUUUUGAUGCUUUAAUGGUAAUGAAAAGCUGUCAGUCACUUGUAUUUACAUUUGUUUUAUUUUUUUUUUUGAUUUACCAUUGUGGGGUUUUGAUAUGAAAUAAAAGUGUUGGAAUUGG